AUGUCGAUGGAGCCGUCAUCAGAUGCGGACCUCGCUCCUUUACCUUUAUCCAAUGGUCACACACAUGGCCAUAGCCGCAGUCGCGGCCACACUCGCUCUCGCUAUGCACAACCACCGUCCUCCCUCGCCAAUGUGAACGGAUCGCAAGCGCCCGAGAGUACACACGCUGCCAAAGGAGGCAAUUCUCACGACCACGCCUCUCAACCAUCAUCUUCAUACCACCCACGUUCUGAUUCGAUGUCCCACGAUCAUCAUGGCCAUACCCAUUCGCAUUCGCAUGCCCAUAACCACAGCGUCGCUUCAAUCCAUGAUAUGUCGCAUUCACACCAUCUAAACUCGGGGCCAGAAGCGCACGCGGAAAGUAGCCCUGAGAAACUACACGCCAUUCUCGCCGGUUCCCUGAUCGCCUUGCCCUGGGUCGCUCUAUCUUGGUACCCGCACAAGUGCGCAGAGGCGUGCCAGGCGCCAAGCGCUGCAUCGAAGAACCUCCCUCUCGGAGGGAUUGGACACGCUGGGCAGACGGCAGGAAUUCUGACUGCAUUCACGCUCUUAGCAUUUGGAUGUGGCCAAAUUCUGCGUAAACGCCAAGCGGGACGUUUCUUUUCUUCGACAAAGUUUCCUACACCCAAUACAAAGAUCGCCCAAGCUGCCUUUAUGCAGAUGUGCUCGAUCGGACUUCCGAUUUACGCUUCGUUGAAAGUGGGCGGGUUUCUGGUCGCAUUUGCGUUGCUUCUUUCAACGGCAUCCGGGGUCCCGAACCUUGUGCAAGCGGAGCUACGUGGCUCGAGUUCGGAGAAAUAUAGUCAAAAGGUUCUGACCAUUGCUCUGCUGGCCAGUGUAAUGGUACUGAGCUUUAUUGGCUUGAAUCAGCCCUGGGACUCUGCCCCGUUCAUGGGGUAUCUAGCGCUUUUGACCUCGGUUUUUGUGAUUUCUCCACCUCUUCCAUCUCUUCGUCAUCAAGGGCCCAUUCCAAAGCCUGGUCUCGUUGCGGAAUCGAUCUCGAAGGCCAAGUCUGCCGGCAACCGAUCGGCCAUCGUGGUCACGACCGAUGCGCCUUUGGCUCUGGUUUCAGGAGUUUUUCUUCUUUUUCUAGGAAUAAUCGUUUCCCGGGGUCUACCCUUUCAAUUAUCAGAGCUGCUCUAUAUUUUGGUCCCCGCUGUACUCUUGGCCAUAUCCCUGAUGGUCUCAUUCCCAACGGGCCUUCGCUCUCCAGAUAAGCAUGGACUGGCCGUUUGUACUGGAGCUGCUGCCAUUCUUUGCUCCCCCCACGUCCGGGAUGAAAUUCUGCCUGUCUACGCUGCGCGUUGCAUCCUGGCUGUUGUCUCAUUCUUUGCCUCAAGAAUGGACGAUAGCCACCUCCGCUUGGAUGCCCACUCGCAUAAUCACACGCACAACCACGCAGCCAGCCAUUCCCACGUCUCUGAGUCUACAACUCGGAUCACGAAAUGGGUCAUCCGUCGUAGCGAACCGUAUCCCUUACUUUACAGCAUUGUAAAAGAGAAGGAUUCUCGCAGUAUUUUCUACUUUAUGUGUUUGAAUUUUACAUUCAUGCUAGUCCAACUAUCAUAUGGCUUCUUGACGGGAUCUCUCGGGCUUCUCAGCGACAGUAUCCACAUGUUUUUCGACUGUCUUGCCCUUGUUGUUGGACUUUGUGCUGCGGUCAUGAGUAAAUGGCCACCCAAUGCUCGCUUCCCAUAUGGCUAUGGAAAGGUCGACACAUUGUCCGGAUUCGCUAAUGGAAUUUUCCUCAUGAUCAUCAGUGUGGAAAUCAUCUAUGAGGCGGUGGAGCGUUUGUCCUCGGGCAGUGAAAUGCACCGCAUAGGCGAAUUGUUGGCAGUAAGCUUUGCUGGCUUGCUGGUCAACUUGGUCGGGAUUUUCAGCUUUGAGCAUGGUCAUCACCACCACGGCCAUGACCAUGGGCACGAUCAUUCCCAUGGCAACGAGAACAUGCACGGUAUCUUCCUUCAUAUUCUUGCUGAUACGCUUGGUUCUGUCGCUGUGGUUAUUUCCACCAUUCUUGUGCAUUACUCUGGCUGGGCCGGGUAUGAUCCUUUAGCCUCGUGUUUCAUUGCAAUCCUGAUCUUUGCUUCGGCUGUUCCGCUGGUCAUUAGCACGGCCAAAACGUUGCUUCUGGCCUUGCCAGCCGACACAGAGUACAAUAUUCGUGAAACCCUAGCCGGGGUCAGCACCUUGCGGGGAGUUGUUGGAUAUACUGUGCCUAAAUUUUGGCUCGAUGAUACGGGUUCGUCUGAUCACGGACACUCGCACGACCACACCGAUCAUAGCUGCGGUCAUGACCACCAUGCCCACGGGCACUCACACGGUCACGGCCAUGAUCAUGACCAUGACCAUGACCAUGACCACGAACAUAAAGCUCAAAAUGUUUUUGGUGUUAUUCACGUUAUUGCCUCUCGUGGAUCGGACCUUGAAGAUGUUCGACAGAGAACAGUGGAUUAUCUCAAGGAUAAGAAUGUGGAUAUUGUGGUCCAGGUGGAGCGAGAUGGAGAUGGUCGCUGUUGGUGCGGCGGGGGAAAUAAGGGUCUUUGA